AUGUCAAUAAAGCUACGUGAACUAAUUAGACAAGUUAGAAGCUGCAAAACAGCGGCUGAAGAAAGGUCUAUAAUAUCAAAAGAAUGUGCACAUAUAAGAGCACUCUUUAAGGAAGAUGAAAAUCAAUAUAGACAGAGAAAUAUUGCAAAGUUAUUAUUUAUUCAUAUGCUUGGAUACCCAAGCCAAUUUGGGCAAGUUGAAUGUUUAAAACUGAUUGCUAGCAAUAAGUUUUGUGAAAAAAGAAUUGGAUAUCUAGCCAUAUGUCAAUUAUUAGAUGAAGAUUCUGAAAUUUUGUUACUAGCAACCAAUAGUAUUAAGAAUGAUCUCAAUCACUCAAAUCAAUAUAUUAAUGGACUUGCACUUUCUGCUAUAGCUAACACAGCUCCUAAAGAAAUGUGUAGAGCAGUUUUCAGAGAAGUUAGUGAACUUUUACUUGUUGGAAAUCCAUUCAUUAAAAAGAGAGCAUUACUUGCGUCAGUACAUAUAAUUAGGGUUCUUGAGGAUGCAGAAAUUGAAUCAUUUAUUAAUUGUAUCCCUUCUCUUCUUGAGGAUAAACAUCAUGGAGUUCUUUUAGGUACAUGUCAUAUGAUCAAUUCAAUAAUACAAUAUCAUCCUGAACACAUUGAAACUUUAGGACCUUUUGUACCUCUUCUGGUAAAAAUAUUAAGUACAAUUAGCAUGGCAGGAUAUCUUAAUUCUAUGGAAUAUGACAAUGGAGGUGUCACUGAUCAGUUUCUACAAGUACACAUACUAAUUGCAAUUGGUGAUCUAAGAACUGUAAUUGGAGAUGAUAUUAAAGAAAACAUUUGUGCUGUGCUUGCUCAGUUGUUAACCAAUACUGAUAAUUCCAAAAAUGGUGGUAACUCUAUUUUAUAUGAAUCAGUUAGAACUAUUACCAAAUUAUUACCAUAUAUUAAUGAGGACGGAUUAUAUAUGUUAGCCGUUAAUACUGUGACAAAAUUCUUACAGAAUACCGACUUGAAUAUCCGCUUUGUUGCUCUUGGAUUACUAGAAAACAUGAAAGAGUUUCCAAAUAAUUCCAAUAAUUCUUUAAUUAUUUCAAAUAAUAAUGAAGCCUUAAAUGGUAGUAAUAAUACUGGUAAUGAGAAUACACAUGCAGGUUUGGCGCCACAUCAUACAUUAAUUUUAGACUGUCUAAAGGACUCGGAUUCAUCGAUAAAGCUCAGAGCAUUAAAAGUUCUAUUUUCAUUAAUAAACGAAAGUAAUAUAAAGAUUUUUAUCAAGGAACUACUUAAUGCAUUAUUAAUUUCUACGGAAAAUGAAGAGAUGGAUUUCUCUAUAGAAUUGGCAACAGGGAUGUGUAUGGCGGUAAGAAAAUGCAAGCAUUUAAACCCACAAUGGUAUAUUGACACUUAUAUUAAAUUGUUUUGCUUAGCCGGAAAUAUAAUUAAAGAAGAAGAAAGGGAUUAUUUUAUUUCAUAUCUUUCUUCUUUAAAUGAUUCAAGCAUUCAUUCAUAUACUGUCAAAAAGUUGUAUCUGUCUCUAUUAUCUAGAAAUGACCAGAUUUUACUAAUCCAAGUUACUUUGUGGGCAAUAGGUGAAUAUUCUCAGUAUUUGUUUACUAAUAAUAAUGGAAUUGACUCUUUUGAAGAUAAUAAAUCUUUAGAUUCCUCAGAAAUUGAUAUUUCUGAAGAAUCUAUUAUUAGUAUGAUUGAAAGUAUUUUAAUCAGCAAUACAAGAGAAAUCUCCAAUAGCAACUACUCACUGUCAUUAUCAGGAGUCAAUAAUUUAUGUAUUGAUUACUCUCAUCCGAUUAAAGGAGUUGGAAUUUACAGCUCUAUUAACUCCAUAGAGACCACGAUUAACUUUGCAUUAGUAGCUUUAAUUAAGUCCAGUAUUAGACUGAAGGCUCAAAAAGAUAAAAUCCUAAAACUUAUUCAAAGCCAAGUAUCAUCUUCCUCAGUAGAAAUUCAACAGAGAGCUUUAGAAUAUAUGCAAAUUUUGAACUCUAACUGGGAUUCUAAUAGAAACAAAAUUCUUAAUCCUAUUCCAGUAUUUGACAUUUCAAAUCUUCAUUCUAAUGAGACCAGAUCAAAUAGUUACAAUAACAUUAAUGCUUAUAAUUCGCCAAAGAAAAACAAGAAUGAAAAUGUAAACACCAGUUCCAACAAUAACAAUCUUGUAACAGAUCUUUUGGACCUUGAUUCCAAUAUUAAUGAAGUAGCACCCAAUACAAGUAACAAUAAUCUUAAAUAUAGGGAUAAUUUGAAUAUUAAUAGCUCAAAAGUUGAAUCGAAUAGUGGUGACAUUUUGGAUUUAUUUGACAGCUUGACAAGUAAUAAUGCAAAAACAAAUCCUAGUAGUUUCAAUACAUCAAAUCUCGUGAUCCCUGCUUCUGCAUCUGCUUCUUUUAUAAAUUCCAAUACUAAUUCUACCAGUAAUAAUAACUUACUUUACUUUAACGAGGAAAAACCUGCUCCAACUAUAAAAAGCUCCCCGUUUGAGGACCUCAUUGACUUCAAUAAGCUUGAUUUAGCACCUUCUUCAGCCCCAAAUAAUAAUUUAAACUCUGUUGAGACUAUUAAAAUAUACGAAAAUAAAGAUAUUAGAAUUACUUUUGACAUAUCCAAAAACAGAUUCAACCAAAAAGAAACCAACUUUACUGCAAAAUAUUUUAAUAUUUCUGGAAUCGAUAUAUCAAAUUUUAAACUGGAAAUUGCAGUUCCAAAAUAUCUUAAUAUUCACCUUGAGACUGCUUCAAGUAGCCAUCUUCCCUCUAAUAACUUCAAUUCUCCAGUAAAACAAGAAAUUAAAGUAACAAAAAAUGGGGAUGAUAAUAACCAAAUACUAAUGAAACUUAGAAUUAAUUAUAAUAUCAACAAUAACCAAGUUACUGAAUAUUCUAAUGUCAAUAAUAUUCCAAAUAAUUAUUAA